AUGUCUUACUGUCAACAGAUAGGAAAGGAUCGGAUAAUCUUUGCCACUCCAGAGGAUCACUCGACGCCGUCGACUGUGGUGUUGGCCGAAGAGACUGUGGACGAGUCGAUGCGGGGCCUCAUUCUGACCAAUGGUGACAUCAACUGGAACUGCCCGUGUCUGGGAGGCAUGUCUUCGGGCCCGUGUGGCUAUCAGUUCCGCGAGGCGUUCAGUUGUUUUCAUUACUCCCAGUCGGAGACCAAAGGCCAGGAAUGUAUGGAGAAGUUCGCCGCUAUGCAGGACUGUAUGACACAAUACCCUAACCUCUACCCCAACGACAAGUCCGCCGCCGACGACGCCUUUCCAGAACCCGAAGACCACUCGGAGGCCAACGCCGGAGCCGUCGAUACCGUUAAUGAUAAGGCAGUCGAUAAACCGGCCGAUAGUAGUGAUGGUCACUCGUCGACGAAGACUCCGACCGACUCCUCAAAGACAUGA